ACUUCCGCGGCGUUCCUGGGCGGUGCCAAGAUGGACGCUUCUCGGGCCCGGGAACAGCUCCGGCGGCGAUACUUGUUCUCGCCGCAAGCCGAGGCUGCGCUGGGUCGCGAGGGCCACGCCGGGCUGGAAGCUUCUACAGCUGUUGAGAAAAAGGAGAAACCUCUUCCAAGACUUAAUAUCCAUUCUGGAUUCUGGAUUUUGGCAUCCAUUGUUGUGACCUAUUAUGUUGAUUUCUUUAAAACUGUCAGAGAAAACUUUCAUGCUAGUAGCUGGUUUCUCUUUGGCGGGGCCUUGCUCCUCAUCAGCUUAUCGGUUGCAUUUUACUGCAUUCUCUACCUGGAGUGGUAUCGGGGAAUUAAUGAUUAUGAUGUCAAGUACCCAGCUUUGAUCCCCAUCACAACUGCGACUUUCACUGUAGCAGGAAUUUGCUUCAACAUCGCCUUAUGGCACGUGUGGUCGUUUUUCACUCCACUGUUGUUAUUUACCCAAUUUAUGGGGGUCGUAAUGUUGAUCUCACUCCUUGGAUGAUUUCCAGAGAUUUAAGGGCAUGUCAAUUUAAAACGAAUGAUCCAACAUCCAGCUAUAGCUGAAAGCAAGGCAGACAUAAUGGAAAAGCUGCAAUGUGUUUUUGCAUCUGUGAAGUUGGGUGGGUUCCUUGGAAAAAUUAUAACAAUUAGUAUGGUUAAAAUCAGAAUAAAUUACAUUUUAUUUGCAUAUUAAGGUCAAGUGAUUAAAUAAUUUUUCAGAUUCAAACCAAAUACUCUAUUUGAAAUAGAAAUAAUUAAUUUGCAUUGUUAAUUUGAGUUAUUAGAGAAAGUAUUGGUGUAAAAAUUUGAAUGAAGUUUCAUUAUAGAUGCAUAAUGUACUCCCGAUAGUGUAGAUAAAUUGUUCAGGCUUCCAUUUAAGGGAUAGCAGUUCAUUGUGUAAGAUGACUGGGUGUGUGUAUAAAGGGACGACAAUGUCACGUGCCUUUAGCCCAACUUCAGCAGUUACUGUGUAUCUCUUUAAAAUAGUUUGUUAGGAGAGGGGACCAAUUGAAACUAUGUUUUCUCAUCACUCUAGAUUGUAUGUGUAAAUUAUUGGCUUUUUAGCAUUUGUUUAACAUACCAACUUUUAAUCAUUUUAAGUGUGUAUAAUUUUUUCCUUAACAUUUAAAUAAAAUAUUUUUCUAACUUUA